AUCACAUGUUUCCUUCAAACACAGGUUGACACAUGCAUUCAUUAUUUCAAGUUAGAAGACCGGAACUACACAAAAUGGCGCUGAAAUGAUGGAAAUAUGCCGUUUGUAAAACACAAACGGGUUUCUUCCAAAUGUGCCCAGUUUCACACUGCGGUCAAGUCGCCAGGCAUUUCUCGUCUUUCGGCGUAGUCCGUCGCGGAAUGGCAGCAGCAACAAGCGAGGUGACCCGGUUCGACUUCCUGGUGGUCGGCGGCGGUUCGGGAGGUCUGGCGGGGGCUCGGAGGGCAGCGGAGCUGGGCGCAAAAGCCGCCGUGAUCGAGAGUCACAAACUCGGAGGUACCUGCGUCAAUGUUGGCUGCGUCCCAAAGAAGGUCAUGUGGAAUGCGGCGGUCCAUGCAGAGUUUCUUCACGACCACGCUGAUUACGGCUUCGACGUAAAAAAAGUUAAUUUCAGUUGGGAAAUACUGAAAGGAAAAAGGGAUAACUAUAUCAGUCGGCUGAAUCAAAUUUAUCGCAACAAUCUUGAUAAGGCUAAAAUCCAAACCAUUGAAGGUCAUGCCAGGUUCACCAGCGAUCCUGAGCCAACGUUGGAGGUCAACGGCAGGAAGUAUACUGCGCCUCACAUCCUCAUCGCCACUGGGGGGCAGCCUUCUGUGCUGACUGAUGCUGAGGUUCCAGGAGCAAGUCUGGGCAUUACGAGCGAUGGCUUUUUCGAACUUGAAAGCCUUCCAAAGCGUAGCAUCGUCGUGGGUGCUGGUUAUAUUGCUGUGGAGAUGGCGGGUAUCCUCACCAACCUAGGCUCUAAAACCUCCCUCAUUAUACGACAGGGUGAGGUUUUGAGGAACUUUGACAGCUUCAUAAGCACAAACUGCACCAAAGAGCUACAGAACUCUGGUGUGGACUUUUGGAAGAAUUCUCAGGUGACGUCAGUGCACAAAACCGACACAGGGCUGGAGGUGACGCUCGUCACCAAAGACCCAGAGAAGAGAAAUGGCGAGGAAAAGAGAAGCACUAUUUCGGAGGUGGACUGUGUUCUUUGGGCCAUCGGCAGGAAGCCCAACAUCUCUGGACUAAAUAUCGGCGAGAUGGGUGUAGACACAGAUAAACAAGGCCACAUCAUUGUGGAUGAGUACCAAAACACCACUCGACCGGGAAUCUACGCUGUUGGAGAUGUUUGCGGCAGAGCUCUUCUAACACCUGUUGCCAUCGUCGCUGGCAGGAAGCUGGCACACAGACUAUUUGAGGGCAAGAAGGACUCCAAGUUGGACUACUCCAACAUUCCCACGGUGGUGUUCAGCCAUCCGCCCAUCGGCACAGUAGGCCUCACAGAAGAGGAGGCUAUAAUAAGCAGAGGCAAGGAGAAUGUGAAGAUCUACACGACCUCCUUCACGCCGCUCUAUCAUGCCAUCACCAGCCGCAAGAGUCUGUGCAUCAUGAAGAUGGUGUGUGUGGGCAAAGAGGAGAAGGUGGUGGGUUUGCACAUGCAGGGUCUGGGCUGUGAUGAGAUGCUGCAGGGCUUUGCUGUGGCCGUCAAGCUUGGUGCUACCAAAGCAGACUUUGAUAAGACCGUCGCCAUUCACCCCACAUCCGCUGAGGAGCUUGUCACCAUGCGUUAACGUGACACGACAGGGCAUCAAGUACACUUGCAUACCACAAUUAAGUCCAGUUGAUGAGUUGCUUGAUAAGAUUACACAUUUUUUACUCACUUAAGUGAUCCUUGUUGUGCACAGCCUUUCUUUUUUCUGCCUUUUACCAAACUGCAUCAGGAGCAGGUUGUAGUUUUCUAAAAUAAUACUGUGGGUGUUGACGACUGAGUGAUUAUGAGAAUGGAUUGUACUUUUAAGUGAUGGAUGAAGUGAUUGCAUGGAAAGUCCAAAGACCUCAAUCUCAUUGUAUUAUGUUUGAUCCUAAAUCUCUCAUAUGUCAGAACACUGCUCCCUGCUAAGGGACCUAUCUAGUACCAUUACAAGUCAUAACACAUUUACUUUACUGUGAUAAAGAAUAAAUAAACAUGCAUUCUGUUUUCAUGUG